ACUUUAUUGCGGUUGUUCUGCUGCUUUUGACUGCUUAGGAGGACGUAGGGCUGAGCCAUUUUGAGCGUAUGUGUUUCUCGACCAGCCAUCCCUCCUCUUACGGCGCCUUAUCAACAUCAGGCUUGCUCGCAUCAUCUUUACACUUCUUACAGCUCCUUAGUAGUUAAGGCGGCGGCGGCUUGGAUUGCUCAUACGGGACGAGUUACAUAUAGCUGACAGCAGGCCCCUGGAAUGUCCGUGGAGGCGGAGCCUCAACAAGAUCGGCGUCGGCGUUAUCCUUUAGCGCGGGUGAAGGGCGGCUGGACUAGCGCCGAGGACCAGCUGCUGAAAAGGUUGGUUGAGGAGCACGGCGAGGGCAACUGGAGCGUCAUCGCUCGACAUCUCAACGCUGCCUUGGGAAAGCCCGCUGAAUCCGGUCGGAUAGGCAAGCAGUGCCGGGAACGCUACAACCACCACCUUCGUCCGGACAUCAAGAAGGAUGCCUGGACUGAGGAGGAGGAGGCGCUGCUGGUGGCGGCGCACCUGCGCUACGGCAACCGCUGGUCCGACAUCGCAAAGAUGAUUCAGGGCCGCACCGAGAAUGCGGUGAAGAACCAUUGGAAUGCCACGCUACGCCGCAAGGACACUGACAAGUGCGGCAGUCGUGGCAGCUCCGCCGCGCAGUCCUGCGUGCUGAAGGACUACAUGAUCCGUAUCGCGCUGCUGCCGGGACCGCCCUCAGCACUAGCUGCUGCCUGUUCUGGCGUCGGAAGCCUUGCAGCAGGAGGGGCCAUGCCGAAAGGGACCAGGGGGGUUCUUCCAGCUGCGGCCGCAGGCGCCAGCAAGGGGGCUGCAGCCGGGACGGGGGAUCCGGGGGCUGCUGGCAUCAGGGCGUCCAAGCGGGUUCGCUCCAGACCUGCUUACUACGAUGACAUGGAGCCCCUGGAUGAUGACGAGGAGGAGGAGGAUGAGCAGGCGUUGGGUGAGGAGGAGGGGGAGCGGGGACCUGGGCUGCUGCUUGACUUGCAUGUCGCAGCUAACAUGGCAACAGCAGCAGCGGGAGCAGGAGUGGCGGCGGGUGGCAAGGCAGCUUUAGCCACAGCAAUAGGAGCACCGGGGCUCAUCACAGCAGGGGCAGCAGCAGGUAAGGCUCCCUCUCCGAGUUCCUCUGCCAGCUCCCAUGACGGAUUCCUGCGUGCAGCGCAGCAGCAACGACUCCAUGAGGCCGCCCCCGCGUCGGCAGCCCCCUUGCCGGCGGCGCCGCCGGUGCCCUCGACUGGGGAGGCACGCAAGCGGCCGCGCAUCAUCACCUUUGACCCUACCGUGCGGGGUGGCGGCAGCGGCAGCACGUUCCCUUCCCGGCAAUGCUCCCCGUCUCCCAUUGCAGCUGCAGCGGCUGCUGCAGCUGCGGAUGAAGGGCUGCCACUGCCUCUGCUUCCUGCAGAGGGCAAUGCUGGUGCAGCCAUGGUGGCAUUCAGCAAAGCCGUUGCUGUGCCGGCAACACAGCAGGGCGCUCGGACACGGACCCAGCGUUUCCGCGACCGCAAGCAACUGGGUUGGGCUACCGAUAGUGCGGAGGACAGCCUGCAUGGCAGCCCGGUUUCGGAACACUUCGAGCGGUAUGAGGAUGAGGAGCGGGAGCCGACGACGGCGGUGGCAGCGGCAGCCGCGGAGCCGCAGGAAGGCUGCGGCGCGGCGAGCUGCAGUGAGCUGCAGGCGGCGCAGAUCAUGCUGGCGCUGAAGAGCCUGGCGGGGACGCUUUAAGCACCAGCAGCGGCGGCGGGGGGCUUAUGCCAUGCUUCGUUUGGCUGGGCAAGUCCUUAUCUUUUACUUUACUGAGGAUGAGGUGAGGAGGUGCGUGUAUCGGAAGUUUCCGUAUCUUGCCCUUGCUACACUAUGGAUGACGGGAAAUGCGGAAGUUGUUGCAGUGCUGCUCCCCAUGUCAAAGUAGAUAUUCUUUGUGCGUUUGCAUGCUGCAUGCGCAUGUGGAAAAGUGGAGUUGCUCGUGCUCUGCGUGUGGUCUGUGCAGUGCAGUGCAGUCUUAUGCCCGGUGCAAAGGCGCAGAGACCCCUUGGGCCCAUCCGGUCCACAGCUGAUGCUUGCCUCAUUGCAUGUAGGCAUCUUGGGCAUUCGGUGUGUUGCGAGGUGCCCGCCUGCGUGUGACGCAUGUCUGGGUAGAUGCUUGCGUGUCUGGAAGUGCGAUGUGGUGGCUACUGUUGCAAUGGUGCUUUUGGUGGUGGUGGUGGUGGUCAUUAUUGAGGCUCUACGGCGGCAUUGCGCCUGAGCAGGUUCACCGCUUGUUCUUCUUUUGCGUCAGUCUUGGGGCUGUGGCCGUGGCCGUGGCGUCCCUAGAGGCGCCAUAGGGCGGGAGGGAGGAGGGCAUGGAGGGCAUAUUGAGCUGGUUCAGUCAUGUUGGUGAGUGAGAAGUCGUGUGAGGGGAGCAGCAACAGCAACAGCGGUGCAUCGCAAAAGCUUUAGGCACCGAUUGUUUGUGUGAAGGGUGGGCGGUCAUGUACAACAGCUCUGAGUUAUGAGGUGUGCAACGCUGGCUAGUGUUUGCGAGAGGGGCAAGCUGGGCGCAGUUGUCUCUCCUUGAGCGCUGCUUAGCAAGGAAGCGUUGUUGACAGGCUUGCAAGCAACGACAACAUCGAUAAGACGACAGCAACAACUACAUGACUUGUCAGAUAAAGUAACAAUGUCUUGGAAUUGACGCAUGGGGGCCAUGUACGUAUGUAUUCUUUCCUUCAGUGCGUGGGUGCCUCGCAAUUUGCUUUGUUUAUAGUGAUGGAAAAGGGAGAAGUGGUUACAACAGCUGAUGUCGGUGGGGGCAUGGUUGUGUGUUGACAUACGUGCAAGUGCCUCUUUUGCAUUUUGUUAAAUGGUGUUGACAUGACAUUCUGGCGCGGCGCGAUAUCGUACAUCUUCUUUACCCACGUCGUUUGAGCUGAGUCCAAGGCGUGUGCGAGUGUGGGUUGUGUGCGUGUGUGUGUUGUAUAACAUACGAGAGAGGCGCGCAACGCGCAUGCACAGCACAUCAGAGGCAGGUGCAAGCGAGAGCGCCCGUGUGGCUGUGUACGCUGACAGUUAAGCGUUGGUUGUACAGUUCCAAGUCAUACCGUUCAGCAAUCGUAAAAGGUUAGCGGCGCUGCUGUUUGGUGUUUGUUUUGUAGAGGGCCAGGGAGCUCAAGAGGGAAGAGUACAUAUACAGUGUGAGGGGCGGAAUGUGCUUCGUGCUGCUGCGGAUGUGGGCCUGUGGUUUGAUGAUACAUAAGGAGGGGGCGACCUUUGGGACGACAUGGGUGGGGUCGCUGGCGCGCACAUCACACUGGAGUAACGUUUGGUAGGAAUAGGAGUGUUCGAUAACUGCGUUUCCCUGGGAGUAGCAUGUAGAGCGGGUCGGUAUGGUGACACUCUGUUUACUAGAUACAUACAACUUGUGUCAUGACCGAGGGAGGGUGUGGAUCUUGGCAUUGGUGCCAGUGUUUUGGCGGGGAGCGGUAGGACCAGUCUUUGCAAUGGUUGGUUUUGAUGCAGCGCCUACGGAUUGAUGCGGCCGGAUUUGGUCCUGUGCUGGGUAUGGGUGUACGGGUGAUGGGCCUGGCAGAUAAUGGGCAAGACAUGUGGUCAGAAGUUCUAUGGUGUGCCGGUGCCCGUGGGAAGGGAGGGUACAACGUAGGGGCUGGCAUGCUCUCUGUGUGCGUGUCCUGGUGAUAAGAGGAUUCGUCACAGAGCCAAUGUUGCCCGGUUAGGCAAACUCCUAAAGGGGUUGGGUUUGGGGCUCGCCCAGCAUCUGACAUGAUACAACUUUCUUCUUUUAGUCGUUCUGAUGAUUUCUUUGAUGUAGAUUUUGCGCGCCUUUGUCGUAGUAUAUAGCGUUGUUGCUAGAGAGUACCGUAGACGUUUGCCUCGGGCCUUACCAACAAGGAUACAGGUUUGCCAUGUCAUACCCGUAUUGUGUACACCUAAACAGUGUUCUCUUUUGCGCUCCGGUGUUCGUCGCAGUCGUUGCCAAGGCUGCUGAUCUGCCUGCGCCUUGCCUUCUCUUAUAGGGGGUCAUUAAAGGCCAGUGUACGGCAUUAAUGCUGGGUACGGCAAAGCGCCGGGGUCGCUGUGGUUUUGAGAGUGGUAUCGUAGCACACGACGUCUGUUUCCAUAACGAGUCAUAGUGGCAUGUCUAGAGGCUUGCCUUUGUGUGCUAUGACCUUUGCCGUUUGUAUGUACCUCAUAUAGAUAUUCACGUUGCCUGCAAAAAUAUUCCACCCAACAAUAAAGCAUAAGUAGCGAUGGUGGCCUUCCUUUAUUCUUUCGCGCGUGUUUGAUACAGAGUUGCUGUGGCAUGAAUGAUUGUGCGUUGGGCAUUUUGAGGUUAGAGUGAUGGCAGUUCUGGUGUUGUGGCGUGGUUUGAAGAUGGGACGCUGCGGUGUAAGGCUGUCCUUGCUAGGUGGCAUGCUAGGAGUUGGUGUAGGAAAGUGUUUGGGUUGACAGCCCGCAGCUGUGGAGUUGGAAGGCUAUGGCGCUGGCAGCGGACGUCAGGUUA